CAUUAGUCCAGGUAUGUUAAUAUUAAAAAAAUUUCAACAAAUUUAAUUAACUUUUUGGUGUAGAACUUUUUGACCGAAUUUUUUUUACUUUUUCAAGCCAAAAACUCCAACCCCGGAAACCAAAAAAGUUAAUCUCAGCCCAAACAAGUAAUUUAAUUUGCUAUUGUUUUUUGUAUAUUUGUAGUUCCGGAAAAUACUCAAAAUGAACUGAAUAAAAUCAAGCACGAAAUAGACGAACUUAUGACGAAAUUGGAUGAAGCAAUGCAAGUGGAAGGUUUCACUAAAGGCGAUUAUGAGCGGGAGCUCAAAAGAGCUUUCAAGAUGGGUAAAAACCGAUAUCACAAAGCGGGUUCUUUGAAAAAGCAAAAAGAUAAACAAAUAUAAUAAAUUAAAGUAUGAAAACAAUUAACAGAGGGUAUAUCAGUCUCCUCAACACUUCAUUUUCUAUAACGGAUUUUAUUACAACUACUAUUGAAUCAAAGUACCGUUCUUUUUCUAUAUUCCUUAAAUUCCUUAACGCUAUCUUUUUUUAAAAUGAGUGGAAGUUCAACAGAUUAUAACGAGCCAUCGACCAGCCGAGGUGUUAGAAAAAGUAACGUUUUGACUGCGUCGGAGGUCAAAAUUAUGUGGAAUAUCGGAAAGAUAUUCCACACAUUUGACACCCGCGAAAAAUGUAUAGCUUUUGCUGAGGAGCAGGGAUUGAUUCCGAAUAGGAAGUUGUGUCGUGUGCACAAGACUGCUAUGGCGGUAUAGGUAGCCGGUAAUAGUGCAGUCGGAAUUUUUCGAUGUCGGAAGGGUACUUGCCGUACGCGAGCAGUGUCCCGAGCGAAGGGUACUUGGUUUGAAAAUGCUAAGAUUCCAUUACCUCAGGUGUUCUAUUUAAUGUACGCCUAUGCCUCGCAUUGGUCACAAGCCGAAGUUCGGAAAAACAGCCAGUUUUAUCGAGCUCCACCAUAUGCGACUGGUACAAUUACUGCCGAACAGCAGGUAGCGGUGGGAAAAAUUGGCGGCCCUAGCAAAAAAGUUGAAAUCGAUGAAAGUAAAUUCGGUAAACGAAAAUACAACAAAGGAAGGAGAGUUCAAGGCCACUGGGUAUUGGGAAUGGUAGAGGACGGCAGCGACGAUUUAAGGUUAGAAGUAUGUCCGGACAACGUACGGUCUUCCGAGGUGCUCAUACCUCUAAUUCAAAAGCAUGUCGCAGAAGGUACAAUAAUAUAUACCGACUGCUGGAAGGCAUAUGACUGCUUGACAAGCACGGGUAUGAGCACCGCCGUGUAAAUCACAGCGAUCCUGACAAUCCAUUUGUUGCCGAUGAUGGAACCCAUACGCAGCGCAUUGAGUCCCAGUGGCAGGUCAUCAAACGUUUUUUUCAUAAAGGAUAAUUAUAACAAUCCCGAAGAUUUUGCAAAUUUGAUAAUAGAAUAUAUGUGGAGGAAAACCAUAGCAAAUAAACACGAAGAUCCGUUUGUUAAACUUAUUGAUGCAAUAAAAUAUACUUAUAGUACAUAGAGUGAAUAUCAUAAACUUUCUUUAUAUUAUCUAUCGUGAAAGAGUAAAAUAAGUGCAUAAUAAUAAUAUUCAGUAUAUAUUGUGAAA